CGGAGCUUGUACACGUAGCCUAGUAGGAUGUGUUCAUUGAAGAUGGUGGCGUUGUGUGAGACUUACAGUCCUGCAUAUUUCUGCGCCUGACUUCAGUCUCUUCAGUAACAUCUUUUAGAGUGACCUGAUCCUUGGGCUUGAUCUGCAGACAUGCACCCAACUCCUCGGGCUGGACUGCCUGGGCCCUCUGCACCUAAUAUGUCAGGCAGGAUAAGGCCUCAGAAGCAUACAGCAGCAGCGACUAUGCCUCCUCUUGCCCAGCCCAUUACAGACCCUUUUGCUUUUGGCAGAGCUCAACCCCCCAUGGCUGCAGGUGGGCUUCCUACAAUACCUAACUGCAGCCCUCCUCAAAUGCAAACUCCACCUAAUACCAUGUACUCUCAGCUUGGCUCUGGACUCCCUCCACAACCGCAUUUGCUUGAAAAUGUUCCAGGUGCAUUGGCUGGUCCUCCACCACCCUCUCUGCCUGGGGUGACUCUAUUCACCCCCCAUGGUACAACAUCUCCUGGUGUUUUCCCCUCUCCAAGUCCCGUAGGAUAUGCAUCAGCUAAUAGUGAACAGGAUUAUUUUAAUUCAAGAGAUCCAGCAGCAGCCAUGUCCACAGAUGCAUCACAUACAGCACCAGCACCUAGUUACACACUUUUUAACCAGGAUUUUCAAGCACAACAUCUAGGUCAUCCUUUGCCCUUUCAGCCCCUCCCUCUCACAUCUUCAUCUACUCAGUGGGUUCCUGAUCACUCAAGCCGCCCUCCCUCAGUUCAAAACUAUUUUCAACCAACUACUGAUCCACCAGCACAACCCUCAAAUAUACCACCACAGACCCAGAUGUACCCCACCCACAGCCAAUCACCCCAUCACAAUGCCUCCACCCCUCCAACUCAUCCCGGACAUCCCCACAGUCACGCCCCUGUUCCUCUUCAGAACCCUGUACCAGCAGCUAGCUCUCUGUUGCCUGACCCAAAUGGAGCCCAACAUCACAAUUCACAUUUCCAAACCCAGAGUUAUUUCAGUCAGAGUUCUGCACCCCAUGACCUAUGGUUCCACCAACCUGCGCAGGACUCAGGCUACCACCAAAUGGGUACUGGCUCUGGGCAUCCUCUGCCCCCGACAGACUCUGCUGGACCUCCUCAUGCUUCCAACAUGGGGCAUGUGCCUGCCAGCCAGCCUGGGCCAAGUUCUGUCCCAGCCUCAGAUACACAUGCUCAAGAGUCUGGUACAAUUUCAAUGUUCUUCAAAGGCAGUGAUGUGGAAAAUGAGGAAAUGCUUGCUGAUGAGAGGAAUAAGGCGUUAAAUGGUGUUGCUGCAUCAUUUCAGCAUAACAGCAACCUACCAGCCCAAUGUAGUCAUUCAGAUCUGUCUGUGGAUUACCAAGGAGUAUCUGUUCCAGAUCAUACAAGCCUUCCUUAUAUGAAUGAAAGCAGUCAUCUUUCACAGGGACACACCCAGAAGGCCCCAGAUAACGACUUCGACCAUGUCGAGAAUUUGGAGUGCGUUCCAAACCUGGAAGUUUUACCCAAUGAAUCCAACAGCGGUGCAGCUACUAGUACACCUAAUGCAGUAGACCAGUUUGAAACAGGACCCAACCUCGAAACUCCAGAUUCAAUUCCAAGACCAAUGAGAUCUGUGAGUGUGUCAUCUAACUACAGCAAUUUGAGCCAUGGAAGUGGAACCGGCCCCCGUCGGCAUCAGGGAGUCGAAGGAACCUUUAUUCAGCAGGAAAGUCCACGUCUCGCCGAUAAUCCCAACACUUCUGCUGCUGCUGGAGGAUACUUUGAGCAGAUUGAUACAUCUCCAGGUGGUGAUGCAGGAAUGCCACAGGGUUCAGUGGAGCAUGUGUGGCACCCCACACCUAGCCCUCCAAAACCGACUGGUAUUUUCCAAGCAAGUGCUAACAGCUCAUUUGAACCUGUGCGCUCACAUGGAGUUGGAGUGCGUCCUGCUGAAGUUGAUAGGGCUAAAAUGGUCGCUGAAGGAGGCUCUGACUGCACAUCCGGUAACUUUGAGCAGCCACCAGACAAUAUGGAAAAUAUUCACGGACCGGGACAAGCUCCAACCUCUCCCCCUGCAGAUGGAUUACCAAAUCAAACACACUCAGUAGUGCAUCCUCAUUCUCGACCUUCAUCUCGCGCUUUUGGGGCCAAUCGGCCCUGUGAGAGUCCGGCCACCACUCUGUGGGCUCAGAGCGAACCUACCAGCUUGGGUGCUAACAUCCUCCUUGCACCUGCGGCUCCCACAGUAUUGGCCCCAUUAAGAGAGCCCAGUGCUGAUGUUAUCCAGCCACCAGAGGAUUGUCCACUGGACCUGCAGUCCUCACAGAGAGUUCAGAAAGCUUGUCAGCAGCACUCAGAGAACCUAGAAAACCCGCCAAAGGUGAGUGAUGCAGAGCCAGCUGACUCUCAAAGCAACCUAGGUUAUGCAUCUCUGCUUGUGGCUGGCUUGCUUCAUCAGCCUGUUGUAAUUGCCCCGCCUGUAUCCAAUUACAGUGUGAUUCCGCCCAGUACUCCCACUCAUUCGUCCACUCAGACUAAUCAUGGAGAAGUUACUGCUCCAGAAAGAUCUCUUGCACAGGGGAUGGGUGUCAGUAUCUCCCAACCAUCUGCCCUAGCUUCUAAACAAAAUCCGCUCUUUUCUUCUGGGUCCGCGGCUUUCUGUUCCUCAACUACCAAUCAGGGUCCGCUCAAUCUGACUAGUAACAAAACAGUUGGAACGACGUCAGAAAUGACAACUCCACCACUCUCUCAGCCUGUCCAUCCUCCUCUUUCAGGGGGCCAGUCAUUGGGGGCAGAAAGCCACUCUGCUGUUGAUUCACAGCCCACUUCUCUUGUGACUGCCACUGUCUCUAAUCAUAAUCCGACAUUAAACUAUGAACUGCUUGAUUUUUCUAUGCACCAAUCAUACGCCCAGAGCCAGGGCUUUGGCAAGGCGUCAUCUCUGCACGAGCCUUCACAGUCUAGUAAUGGAUUUUACCUGCAGGUCACCAAAGAUGCUCAGCAGGGAGUAAGAGAUGUAGGGAAUAUCUCUAUCCAGACGCCCACCUCACAUGGUCAACCAGCACCGCCCCAAGCUGCUGCAAACACUCAGCAGAUGCCUAAUGAAUCUCCUAAAACAUCGGAUUCUCAGGUUGCAUUGCAGGGACAGAGGGACGCUCCUCCUGUUCUUGUUAGUGGAGUCCAACCAUCUCAUGGUCAAUAUUCAACUCCAGCACAAGGGCCCGCUGCAGGGAAUGCUCCUCCUCCUGCUGCUCCGGCAGUGUACCCCCCAGGCCCGCAGGCGCCAGUACCUCCAGGGGUUUCCCUGCCAGCUCCAACUGAGACUGCUCGACCACCUUCCUCUGCAGGCAGCCAUCAAAGCUAUGCGCAUCCUGCUCCUCCUGAAGCAGGACAGGUGUAUAGUGGUUACUAUGGAAAUUAUGGCGAAUACCCAGAUAGCAGAGGACAGUAUCCACCUCAAUCUGGAGAUCCUAGAAUGACUCAGUAUUAUCAAGAUACUGCCUACCGGGGCAGAGCAGAUCCUUGGUAUGGCAGAUACGACGGGCAGAACCCAGGUUACCAUGAUCCAAACUACCAAUACAGAGACCCACAAUCAGAUCGACCCAGCUCAAGGGGCAGUCAGUACUCAGACAGGCCCUCAUCCAGGCAAGGUUAUUUUGAUGAUUACCAACGGGCAAACCGAAAUGUCUAUGGCGAAUAUUAUCCAGACUACCCCAAGCACUAUGAUUAUGGAGGCUACAACUAUGGACAGUACGACCAACCAUACAGGAGAUACUAUGAUCACUCCUAUUGGUCUUAUUACAAUGAAUCGUACAAGAACGGCUACUACAAUCAGCAGUAUCCCCCCAGGAACGACGACCAGUGGCAGUACUACCCUGGGUAUGAUCGCAGUUUUGAUGAUGACCAUGCACGUGGGAGAGAUGUUUAUGGGGAUGACUUUGACCGGCGCAGCGUGCACAGCGAGCAGUCGGCACACAGCGUCCACAGCUCCACCAGUCAUCACAGCAGACGAAGCAGCUUCAGCUCACGAUCACAACAGAGCCAGGUGUACAGGAGCCAGCCUGACUUGGUGUCUGCAGUUUAUGACACGACACAAUCCACUCUGCCUGUUGACUGCUCUUAUGGGCAGUACCCAAAUCAAGCAGAUGCUUCUCAGAACUACAACCAGUACCCCAUGUAUCCCUCAGAGUACACUCCAGACAGUACCUGGAUUGCCCCAGAGCAACCUCCCCCUCGUCCUGCAACCCCAGAGAAGUUUACCAUGCCCCACCGUUGUGCUCGCUUUGGACCUGGUGGUCAUCUGAUUCAAGUCCUGCCUAAUCUCCCCUCAGCUGGGCAGCCUGCUCUGGUUGAGAUCCACAACAUGGAGAUCAUGCUGCAGGACACCUUGGAUCAGGCUGAACUACGAGGUUUCCCUGGACCUCUGGUUAAGGAGGAGACCCAUAAGGUUGAUGUGAUAAAAUUCUCUCAGAACAAAGCAAUCGAGUGUUCUCGUGACAACACCUUGCUGGACAGAGACUCUGCCCGCCUUCUCUGGGACUUCAUUGUUCUGCUUUGUAGACAGAAUGGGACUGUGGUCGGCACAGACAUCGCUGACCUCUUGCUGAAGGAGCAUCGCUCGGUCUGGCUGCCUGGCAAGAGUCCCAAUGAAGCUAACUUGAUUGAUUUUAACAAUGAACCUCUCGCACGAGCUGAAGAGGAGCCUGGAGCUGGACCACUGUCCCUCCUGUCUGACACUUUCAUAAUUGUCCCGGAGAACGUUGGCAAGGAGACUGAGCGCUUCAGGGAGCUGCUUCUGUUUGGCCGCAAAAAGGAUGCACUGGAAGCAGCCAUGAAAGGGGGUCUCUGGGGUCACGCCCUGCUGUUGGCCAGUAAGAUGGACAACAGGACACAUGCACGUGUCAUGACGAGGUUUGCCAAUAGUUUGCCCAUGAAUGACCCUCUCCAGACCAUGUACCAGCUGAUGUCAGGGAGAAUGCCUGCUUCAGCCACUUGCUGUGGAGAGGAGAAGUGGGGUGACUGGCGCCCUCAUCUGGCCAUGGUGCUUUCAAACCUCACACACAAUAUGGACUUGGAUACUCGAACAAUCACCACUAUGGGUGACACUCUUGUUUCUAAGGGGCUGACUGAUGCUGCUCACUUCUGCUACUUGAUGGCCCAAGUUGGCCUGGGGGUUUACACCAAGAAGAGCACCAAGUUUGUGUUGAUCGGCUCCAACCACAGUUUGUCCUUUAAUCAAUUUGCAACCAAUGAAGCAAUCCAGAAGACUGAGGCCUAUGAGUAUGCUCAGUCUCUGGGCUCCCAGCCUUGUUCACUGCCCAACUUCCAGGUGUUCAAAUUAAUCUAUGCAUGCCGACUGGCUGAAGCAGGCCUGUGUGCCCAAGCUUUUCAUUACUGUGAAGUUAUCUCAAAGACUGUCCUUAUGCAUCCCUCUUACUACUCUCCUGUGUUCAUCAGCCAGAUCAUACAGAUGUCAGAAAAGUUGCGGUUCUUUGAUCCACAACUAAAGGAAAGACCUGAGCAGGAGCUGUUCAUUGAGCCUGAAUGGCUGAUCCGCCUCAAACAGCUGGAUGGACAGAUCCGGACGGGGGUGAUUACAUACAAUGUGGACAGAAAUACUCCUGCACAGUUUGACUGCAGCAGUGAAAGUUCAGACUUAGACCAACAGAGUCCACGUGAACCUUACAGCAUGCCAGUGGAAGUGGAUGGUCAAGCCCCUGACAACAGACGCAUGAGCUUAUUAAUACCUGGGCCUCCCCCACAGGGAGUACAGUUGAUGCCUCCAGCUCCCUCCUCCAUUCUCCAGGAUGGGAUGGCUCCUCCUCAGGUCUCACCCUCCAGUGAUGUGCCCCAGUUCUACCCUGUACCCCCUGGUGGGACACCAAGCCAAAUCCCCAUGCCUGGAUUCCCUUCACCGGAUCCUGGCGUUGCCCACCCCCCAUUCCAUCCUCAACAUGACCAGCUAAAUACCUAUCCUGGAGCUCACCAGCAACCUGGUCCCCCGCCGCAUGAAGGCCAAAUGUCACCUCACAUGUUUCCAUCACAGGUGCCACAUUCACCUGUUCACAUUCACCCACCUUUUCAGAUGCCCCAGCACAUGCCUCCUUCUCCUGCACACAUGGCCCCUAUGGACCCCCUGGCCCACCGAGAGAUUUAUGCUACACAUCAAAUUUCAUCCUCUCCACCCAGGGGCUCCUUCACACCUCAGAUGGACUUAUAUGACCACAUGGCAAACAUGGGUCCGAGGAGAUCACGGACAACUUCGCAAUCUUCAAUGCAUUUGCCAUCGGGACGCAGCUCUCGCAGAGCCUCCGAGUCAUCCACGCACUCCGGUGGCAGAGAGCGGAGCAACUCUACUGUAAAACAGGCCUCUCCACCUCAGCCUUCUAUUCCUGAACAGCCUCGUAAAGAAGAGGCAAAGAAAUCCAAGAAGGAUUCUCCAGAAAAGAGUAAAAGCUGGUUUACUUGGCCCUCAUGGAGGAGGAAGAAUGAGGCUCACUUGCCAGAUGACAAAAAUCCUUCUAUUGUUUGGGAUGAAAAGAAGAGUAGAUGGGUUGACUUGAAUGAGCCUGAAGAAGAGAGUGAGCCUCCUCCUCCACCUCCUACUGGUUUUCCCAAGAUGCCUCAAAUGCCUGGUCCUGGAGGGCCUACUGCCCCUCCAGGUACUGGUUCUACUGUUAACAUGUUUUCCAGGAAAGCAGGCACCAAGAGCAGAUAUGUGGAUGUUCUGAACCCAAGCAGAACAGCUAAACCGAGCGGAGUAGCCCCGGCUCCAGUGGACUUAUUUGCUCCUUUGGCACCAAUGCCCAUGCCUGCUAACCUGUUUGUGCCUAGUUCAGCGCCUAAUGACCAACAACCUCUAGAAGGCACUGAAGGUGGAAAUCAAGAGCAGAAUUCAGCAAGCAGCAGCGCUGCUCCACAGGUGUUCAACCCCAUGCUUUUACCACCAGCUCCAGGUCCUCCUGUUCCAGAUGGUUCACAGUCAGGAGAGCUUUCACGUUCUAGCUCAAUGAGUUCUUUAUCACGUGAAGUGAGUCAGCAUUUAAACCAGAGUCAUCCCGCCCAGGGGACUGCACCCACUGGAGGCAUCACGUUUUACAACCCUGCUCAGUUUGCACAGACAAGUGGACCAUCAGGAGGUGCACAGCGGUCUAACCGGUUGGGCCAUCACAAGUAUCCAGUGUUGAAGUGAACAUCAUCCAAGGCGCGAUAUGAAAUAAACAGACUAAACGGACAAAAUGGGAUUUCACAUGGGAGUAAAUAAUGCACAUGAACAUUCUGCUCUCUGUCUUAAGAACUCUUCCUUUUGCCUUCAUUUGAAAGCUUGAUCCCAUUAUGUGGGUUUUCAUCCAAACAGCUUAACCACUGGUCCCCCCCAUCCCCCCCCCCCUUCCAUCAGCACAGUAGGUGUCACUGGUGUUUGUUACAAGCACAGAGUAUUUUUUUUUUUUUGAAGGGCUUAUUCCUGAAACCAAACAGAGGUUGCAAAAUGAUUGGCAUCAUGGAUACAUUCAUACACAAACUCAAAUGUUCAUGGCAGCAUCAUUGGUGUACAAUAAAUGCCUUGCUUCAGGAAAGCUGCCAGAUAUAAACAACACUGUUAGCAACAUGAUUAUCCAUUGUCCCUUUUUACGCCUGUUUUUGUCAGAGCUCCAUAUGUCUGGGUGGAUGUCUGAAGGAUACAAAGAACGUGGCUUCUUUUUAAUUUAAGACUGGAGAUUUCUAUAAGCAGCCUUUACGUUAGGUGGCAACUCAUGUGAGAGUUGGCUUGUUUGUCUUGCUGUGUAGACAUUUCCAUUAGGUCCACUAAAAGAAGCAUGUUGGAUGAUUUAAGGAGGAGGAAAGUAUGCCUUUGAUUGAUUGCUGCUUCUUUCAAGUAUUUAUUGAAUCGCCCGUCCCUCCCCUCCCUUCAGUUAUUCACCUUUAAAGAUCUAUGAGGGUCUUUUGUUCAUGUCAAUCUCAAAAUUGUGAGCUAACGACUUCAAAUGGAGGGGCGACUAUUGGAAUAGGAGCCAGAAUGAAAGAUGCAUUUUAAAUAUUGCAGAAAAUGAAUAUAUCCAAAUAUUUGUAUAUCAGAUUGAUUGUAUUUAUGACAUGUAGACAUAAAAGUGUGUUUGAGCGCGUGUGAGAUUUAACAAUUUUUUUUUUUUUUUUUUCAAAUAGGCUUUGACCAGAUGCAUUAUUGAUUGAAGAAAUUUACAAUCAUAAUCUAAUUGUUUGUAUCAGCUACUUCUGCAUACCAAUAAAUCUUUAAGUUGUAAACUGUAAGCUAGUCGUACUCUAAAUACGUUGUCGUUUUAGUUUACAGAUGUAACACCAGAAUCUGAUGUUUGUCGUCCCAAAUGUUACUCAUCAUUCUGUAGCCAUCAGUCUGAUUUGUUUGAAGCCAGAGGCAGAUGUUCUCCAUUGUUUUAGAAUUUCUGCUGUAAAAUCCUUGACAGAAUCACCAGUGCAAAAAAUGGAAACAAAUGGUAAUAAAGUUAUUUUUUGCGUCCUGUAGCACUUUGAUAGAGAUAUCUAACAGUUUCAUUUACAACAUAAAAAAAGGCACUUUGAAUUGA